CUGGAUGUCCUCUCUUUGCCCCCCGACCACAUUGGGAGUGCGCAGUGCCAGGCUGGGCCAGCAGCAGCAGCUGACGCACCGUCACACGUACUUUACGCACGCUGGAUGAAGGCAGGCAGAGACCCGGCGGAGGAGGAUGCUAACACCGGCUCGGUGGGGCUGUCUCCGGGGGUUUAUUUAGCAGGCAGCGGCGGUAAAAUGCAGCGGGGCGGACGGGCUGUGCGGGUCGGCCUUGCUGAGCACGGCUGCUGCGCCUCCUGCUCGCCUUUCCCGCAUCUCUCCUAGGACUUGUGAUUAGCGCGUUUUUGUUUCCAGGUCAGAAUCUCCGUUUCCUGUGCGGCGUGUUUGUACUAAAAUGGCCGGAGAUGGCGGCGCUCUGAAGGAUAUCAAUGAGAUUAAGUCCCAGUUCCGGACCAGAGAGGGCUUCUACAAGCUGCUCACCCUCUCAGACUCGCUGCAGCGGGGCGGGCUGCCGCGGGGGCCGUCCGCCGGAGCCACGCUGGGCCCCGGGGCCGGACCGGGUCCGAUACCCGGCGGAGGGGUCGGGCUGCUGCAGGGGCCCGGGGCUGCAGCCGCCGCCGCUGCCGCCGCCGCCUCUUCCUCCUCCAAUGCCGCAGCCAACUCCUCCCCGGCCGGCUUCCUGCCGCCGGUCCGGGUCUCCAUGGUGAAGCUGCAGCCCGAAGACCCGAGCGAGGAGUCGGAGCGGGUGUGCUUCAACAUCGGCAGGGAGCUGUAUUUCUACACGUACACCAACAUCAAGAAGGCUGUGGACCUCAGUAAGCCCAUAGACAAGAGGAUCUACAAGGGGACUCAGCCCACAUGUCACGACUUCAACCAGUACUCGGCCACAGCAGAGAGUGUAGCUCUCAUCGUGGGUUUCUCAGCCGGUCAGGUCCAGUAUCUCGACCCCAUCAAGAAGGAAACCAGUAAACUCUUCAAUGAGGAGAGGUUGAUAGACAAAUCCAAGGUAACGUGUCUAAAAUGGCUUCCCAAGUCGGAGAACCUGUUCCUGGCCUCCCAUGCCAGCGGUCACCUCUACCUCUACAACGUGGACCACCCAUGCGGCACCACGGCCCCACAGUACUCUCUGUUGCGGCAGGGCGAAGGCUUCGCCGUUUAUGCCUGCAAAACCAAGACGCCGCGCAACCCUCUGCUGCGGUGGGCCGUGGGGGAGGGAGGCCUCAACGAGUUUGCGUUCUCCCCAGACGGGGUGCACGUGGCGUGCGUGGGCCAGGACGGAUGCCUGCGCGUCUUCCACUUUGAUUCAAUGGAGCUUCAGGGCGUGAUGAAGAGCUACUUUGGUGGGCUGCUCUGUGUGUCGUGGAGCCCCGAUGGGAAAUAUCUUGCCACGGGAGGGGAGGAUGAUCUGGUUACUGUGUGGUCAUUUGCAGAAAGCCGAGUGGUAGCGAGGGGGCACGGCCACAAGUCUUGGGUUAACGUGGUAGCAUUUGAUCCCUUCACGACUUCCCUGGAAGAUGAGGAGCCUAUGGAGCUCAGUGGCAGCGAGGAGGACCUCCACCAGGGGGCGCAAAAUAACUCCAUGCACUUUGGGCGGGUUCGAACGAGCAGCACGUUAUCGCGUCUUUCUCGGCACAGCUCAAAAGGCGGCGGUUCGCCAUCGGUCACUUACCGAUUCGGCUCGGUGGGGCAGGACACCCAGUUCUGUCUGUGGGACCUGACUGAUGACGUGCUGUACCCGCGCCUGCCGCUAUCCCGCGCCUUUACUAACACUUUUGGGCCUUCGCUGUCCAACUCUGGCAGCGGGGUGGUCAACAGCACCUCAGGUGGGGGAGGAAGUGGAGGUGUGGAGGGACACCAUCACCCCCCAAACACUAACACCGGCGCCUCCAACCCACCCACGCUCCCUUUACCGCUUCCUCGCUCCCUUUCGCGCUCCAACUCUUUGCCCCACCCUGCUGUGGCGAACGCCUCCAAAGGCCAGGGCGCCUCAGAGGGCAGUGGGGGAGGAGGAGGAGGGGGAGGGAGCAGCGGCGGAGGAAACAGCACCCCCUUCAGCAUCGGCCGCUUCGCCACGCUUUCCCUACAGGAGCGCAAGUCGGAUAAGUCCGGCAGCAGUGGGGGCGUGGAGAAGGAGCACAAGCGGUACCACAGCCUGGGCAACAUCAGCAAAAGCAACGACAAGAUCAACGUGGCGCCGAGGAGCAACCGGCUGGACGCCGCCAAGGUGCUGGGCACCACGCUGUGCCCGCGCAUGCACGAAGUGCCGCUGCUGGAGCCGCUGGUCUGUAAGAAGAUUGCACACGAGAGGCUGACGGUCCUGGUGUUCAUGGAUGACUGCAUCAUCACGGCCUGCCAAGAGGGCCUCAUCUGUACCUGGGCACGGCCGGGGAAGGCGAACCUGACAGCACAGAACGGGAACUCUCCGAGCGGCACGGUGGUAUAGCUGGAGGAGAAGCUUUGCACUCAUCCCUCCAUCCUUUCCCUCGUCAUCCUCCUCCUAAUAUGUCAGAAUUUGGGGCCAACUACCAGAGACGAUACCUGACCUACCACUGCAGUAUUAACCCUCAGUAUAACUCUCUGUACUCACCUUCAGCCGGAGGUGGGAAACUCUUCCUGAAACAUUACAGAUUAGGAAAACGUGGGAACAAAUGAAUAUAGCAUUAAGCCACAGUGGACCAUAUCAGUAUAUGACAGAAGUAUGUGGACACCCCUUUAGUUGUUUUGUUUGUUUGUUUUUUUUUCUUUUACUGCAGCUUUCAUUUAUUUUCUGAGGAAUGUUUUAAAGCAUUUUGGAAACCAGCCAGACCUCGUUUAGGAUCAACUGGAACUAUGAAAUCAGUGUUAGACGCCACUAAUGUCUUGGAAAAGCUGUUGCAGCAGCAGAGUAUGAGUCACAUACGGGUGAAGUGUUCAGGUGUCCAUGUAUUUUUGACCAUAUGAUGGACCUAAAAAGCCAGCCUCUGGACUAUUCGAGCACGUCAGCUCUACCUGGUCCCAUUUUCCACAUGAAUUUCUUCCACUGUAGCUAAGUGGAAGUUUUUUAAAAUGGCUCAAUAUAAAAAAAAAACAAACAUUUAUCAAUUGGUUUAAAUUUGCCAUCACUGAUAAACUAUAAAUUGGAUGCGUCUCUUUGGGCAACUUUAUUUUUAGAUUGCUCUGUGGAAGUCUCCUUCAGUGAGUCUAAAGGGUGACCCUUCAGGGAGUGAGCACAUAUUAUGUUUCUGUGGGUAAAAUGCUCCUCCUUCAGAGUCCUCGGGAUGUUACGGGGGCCUCUAAACCUGGUUGACAGAUUUCAUGCUGCUCAGCUUCCUGGAAAAAGAAAUUAAGAUCAUCAUCCGUGGUCGUACUCCUCACCUGACGUGCUCCCAUCUAGCUUGGACUCUGCAGACUCUUCCACUGAUAACUGCGCGUUUGUAGCCGGAGUGAUAGCUCUCAUCGGAUGUGUAAGUUUGUAAUCAUUAUUAGAAAACUUCCACCGAGUGAUCUAAAACACGCAGCAAGCCUGAAGGCGGUACAGAGGUGCACAAGGGGACGCUCUUGAUUGGCCAAAAUUAAGUCCAGAAAGUUGGGACGUUUUAUUAUUUAAUGAGGUUUUUGUCCAGUGUUUCUCAGGAAGAGUUUCCCUCCCUAAGUGGGAAUGCGGUUUAUUCCCACUGCUUCCGCCCUCCCUCCUCCGUGUCUCUCUGCAGAAAGACUGCUUUAACCGCGUUCUUCAUCCUUUCUGUCUGUAACCCCGAAGCAACAGAGGAGCUAACGGCAGGCCCUCCUCCAUCGGACCCCUCCCAUUUUCCCCUUCAUGCUAAAGACACUGCAAAAGCCACGGCCAUUGUAUUUAUGUUAUUUAUUUUAUCACAAGACUGUGUAGUAAUUUAUACUGUAAAUAAUGAAAAUACUCUAUAAAUACACAGCGGACAAAACGUGUAGGGACUCGGCAGCGAUGAUGAGGCGAAGACGAAGCAGGAAAGAUGAAGAUUAUUAAUAUAUGAAGAUCCUUCUAUUGUACAUACAAACGAGACGGUUAUAAAUCGAAUGUCUGCUGUUUUAGGGAACAUGAAGAUGUCGAUGUGUUUUUAUUUUGUGUUAUAGAGUUUCUCCAGUUUGGCCCUGAAAGCAGUCUGGGUUUAAUCUCAUGUUUUUGGGGUCCGGGGUGACCGACCCGACUCGAGCACAGAGAGCAAUCAUUUCAGCUGACUGUCCAAGCUAAUCAGUCGACUCGUCACUAAUCCUCAUGCAUCUUAAUGAGUAACCUGGGCACCAACAAACGCACACUGUUGCACAUUCCAAACACACACACACGCACACACAGUCCCCCUCUUGGUGUAGCAUCAUGUAUUCUGUGUUAUGGACUCUCCUGUUGCACCUGAAUUGCCUCUUGCAAGAAUUUGCACAUAAAAUAAAUCCACGGUCCAUUGUUAGCUGCCACAUUCAGGGGUGUACUUUCUGUUUAUCGAUCUGACUGAAGCGGCAAAAUGGCUCCCAUUACGCCCCCGACACUCACUGCACACGUUUAGUUGGAAGGAAUUUAAUAAUUGCACAUCUCCGUGAUGAAGUUUGUUCCCUUUGCGUGACUGAAUUUACACUUGACUCGACUUUUCAGCCUUUGUUCAGAUUCCUGACGAUAGAAAAGAAACAAAAAAUCUGUCUUAUUUUUUGCUGUCGGCCAUAAACCUGCCAAAAGCUGCGCCAAACACAAGUCCUGAAAGUUUAAAGCACGUCCAAGGCGGAAAGUUUCCCCCACAUUUAGCAUUCACUGAAUCCCGGGAUCCAAAAGGACAUCUGCGUCUGGAUUAAUGAGCUAUACUUUAACAAAACCAUCUAGACAAUGUUUUUCUUUUAGUUCAGCUUGAUUUGUAUCUAUGAAAAUGGAAAGUCAACGGGCAAAUUUACCCUUCUGGGAAUUUCAAAAAUUCCUAGAUCCCAGAAAAUUCCAGAUUGCUUGGGGAUCAGUUGAGCCAAUCUUAAAACUUCCAAUUAUUAACAUUUUUGUGAGUUUGAGUUUGUUUUUUGUUGAUUACAAAAACAAAGUGUUUACUAAGUUUAACUGUCAGGCUUGUUAUUAGUAUUUAAAUAAUUCCUGGUUGAAUCCUUGCACUUCCCUGUAUGAUACUCACAUAACUUUUAAAAGUAGAUUUUUAUUGAUUUUCCUGAUAAAGUACAGAGACGUAAUUUAUACGUCAGUUGUUUAGUACCUCAAGUUUUGCUGGUCCAGAUGGUGUGUAGUGAGGAUACGUUUGAGCCCAGAUUGUAAUCCAGACAUUUCUGGUAGUAACAACUUAUAAUCAGCUGAUUUAGAGGCUACAGGACUGCACCUUAACCAUCCUCCCAUCAUAAUCGGACUGUAUUUCUGUUCACUCUGACGCUGUGUGCAUGACUAUUUAAAAAAUUUGCCAAUUUUAGUAUCUCUGAGUAUUUAAAGCGACACAGUAGGCGCAUUUCCCUAGGAGAGUUCCUGGACUCCGCUAAGGGAGCUUCAAGAAACUCCUCCCACUUUAACAUAUCUUUUUUUUUUCUUCUGAUUGGCUACCUCAUAAAGGUACAAUUUGAUGAGUGAAUUGGUGGGUGGGUGGGGCUUCUCUGCCUGAGAUGACCAUAUAAGGAAUAGCCUCACUUGGUGACAUCAUACAGAGCCAAGAGUAGAAAAAAAUUAACUGUUACUGAGCUUUUAGUUUACAGGGAUUCCUACACAUACACUGACCUCAUAAUUUGAACCUUUGUGCAGGUUUAAUAAAAGCACCCAGCAUUCUAACAGUAGGUAUAUCACAGAAAACAAGGAAAUAAAUAAGUAAAAGCAGAAUAGCAUUAAUAGUUAACACUAAAACUUUGAGUGAUGCUUCUGUCCUGUCAUGUUGUAAACAUGAUUACUUUUUGCGAUAUCGGGGCCAGAUGUUGUCAAGAAUCAAAUUAAACUGAAACGGCACAUUCAUUAGCAGAUUAUUGGCCUGAUCUAUUCAAAACCAGGUGUCAGUAUUCAGCGCCUUCCUGUGUUUGAUCUUAAACUUGUUCUUACCUGUCUGCCUAUAAAUAGCUGAGCAAACAUCCUGCGCUGCAGGAGCCAAGGUUGUGCCCUUGGAGCCCCAGACAAACCGUCGGUUUCUUGGCUUUGCGUCUGAGUCGCUGUUGUCGCAGCACGUAAAUUCAUCCUUGUCGUCAUAGCAACAGCACGCCUAAGGAGGGUAUCUUCGAAUGAGAAUCGUGAGCUCUUGGAGUCUGCUUCAGCUUUAGGGCCAAAUUAAUGUCGCAUCACGACGUGUGAGGAGAAAAUCUGGACCUUCACCUGAAACACUGAUGAGAGCACAGAUUAUUUAACAGGUCGAACUUCUCCAAAAAACAUCUUCAAACUAAUCCAAGUAUUUCACAACCAGGUGUUUGUUUACAGGUGAACUAAGCCUGCUUCAUAACGCAGCAUCAAAAAACCUCCCAAACUCCCUGGAUACUCAAAUAUAGACGGAGAUUUGCCUUUGUCUUUAUGGUUUCUAAAGGUUUUUGGUUCUCUAAACUGGAUGAUUUUAGGGGUCACAGUCUCUCUGUGUAUUUGUCCUCUGUUGUGCAGAAUUAAUGUCAAAUUUUAUUGGAGAAGUACAAUAAAGUCACAAGUUAAAACUCAUUUUAAUGCAGCUUCAAGAUGUCCUAUAACAACGCAGUGCCUCUGACGUUUCCUCGCAGUGUUUCCAUCCAUGUAAAAGAGGCAAAAACGAAUCCUGCAGUGCAAGAGCUUAUUUAGAAAUCAGCACAUUCUUGACUUGAACAUUCACUGGGAUAAAAGAUAAAACAUUCAGCAAUAAGAGAGUCUUCAGUUUGUUUGAGAGCUGUGUCUUUUUAAAAAGCAGGAUUUGGUUGCAUUUUUGUGCCUCAUUAAGUGGAAGAAACGGUUUAAGCAGUGAGUGGUGACAGAGGUGACAUUGGAGAGCAGCGUGAACAAUUCGAGCUCCACGUUCAAGUUUUAGAUUUGCAGGAAUUGGUGUUUGUUUGAGGCGCUGAAAUCAGAAAAUUUUGUGUUUUCCGCUGACCUCUGUUCAUUUCUGUGUUCAGACUGUCUGCAGGCAGCAAACAAACAGCCACACGCACAGCCCCCGUCACGGACAAUCCAAACUUGCACACGUUCAGCACUGAGGGAACAAACAGCGUUCCACAAAUCUUUUCAUCAGGAUGAAGAAAAGCAAAUCAAGCCACUUUAAUAUGUCCGUGUUUCUCUCCUGUGUGCUUGUUAAUGUUGAAAUAUGCAUUCUUCAUUAAUCACCAUGCACAGACAGCCACUCACACACACACACACACACAGACACACUCUAUGCCUGCUCUGAUGGAAGUUAAAGCAGCUGAAUGACGUCACUGUUUGUAAAUGGAGAUCUGUUAUUAAAACGUGAAACCUGAA